GUCUCACGGGAUGGGUAAGCGUUGGCGUCGGGAGUCGUGACUGUCUGUAUCAGAACAAGCACAAAGACCGAAGUGUAUGCUUAAUGAGUAGUCACGAGGAACGAAAGUCACGGCUUCAAGCGAAGAGAUGCGGACCCAGGCCUCGAGCUAGACUCAAGGACCACGUCUCAGCGUUAUACACUCAACUUAGAAGCAUGGCCUUCCUACUCCCAAGCCUCACACUGCUGCGUCAUGCAUGGGAGACAGGGGCGUCCGUUCGGGUUCUGACCUACCUUGAUUGGUCAUGUGAGGGUCGCAGAGGGGCGGUCGGGAUUCGGUGCAACAUACCGGGCAAGACUGUUUGCUGCGGCUUCCUCCCCGGUCAGGCAAACGAACGGGUGGCUGCACCGACAUGACGGUAACGAAGUCGAGCUGUGCUAAUCGUCAUGCGGAGUAUGUGUGUUCAGCUCAGGUAGGACGCGGUGACAGAUAAGAGUCGCUGCUCCAACUGCACCGUACCAUCACUCCCUCACCCUUAGCAUUUGGGCGUGCUAUUGUAAUGUGGAGCCAGAACCAGCCGAACGAUCUUAUUGGUGGUUGGUGCCACUGUCCAGGUUGCCCUCACCAUU